GGCUGCGGAACUUUGACCACCGUUGAGCGUUGGCCGCGAUGUGCGGCUGUCGUUGACGCCAUUUGGUCCUUGACUCUUGGACCAUGAAACAGGGCCGAGAGCAAGAUGGUAUGAGCGACACGAGGAACAGUAGUCGGCCAAGUGGCUGGGCCCGUUACUUUCGCGGCAUGGCAGCCUUUGAAGGGUCACUGUUGUACCGUUGAGACCAUGGGCAUCGCGGCUUGUCGGAUGCCGUCAUCUUCGGUCAAGACGCCUGCGCUCCGAGUGUGAAGGGUUGCUCGCUGCAACACGUCACUCUCGUAUUUCCUGUGAUCGUAUGCAGCGUUGCUCUGCGAUCUGCGAAGCCAACGUCCUUUGGGUGAAAAUGCACGCUGCAGCACAACAUGCCGUUGGGGGGAGGGACGAAGGAUCGUCGUCGCUGAUGUCACGGCUGACACGUGAAGGCACGAGGCUGGAUCGCGAUCGGCCAGAUCUCGGAAGCAGAGUGGGGACGGUUGCUGGAUCGCUGGAUCGUGGGUUACGGGUCAGUCACAGUCCGUCCGUGUUCUCGUGGGGUCACGCUCGUCCGACAGGCCGACGACCGGCUGCGUCGGUGUAUCAAAGGAGUCCGAGGGUCGACGUCGGCGCACGUCUAUUGUUCGGCCUCGUGGGCCAGCGUGUCCGUGCGAACGCGAACAAAGGCACAGCGUUUCGGACUCGCUUCGCACCGCGACGAGGGUCACGGACAAUGGCUGGCGGUCACCAGGGUGUCAUGGUGACAAGCGGACUAGUGCGUCUUGCCUGAUGGCUUGCAUGGCAGGACCGCUUCUGAGAGGGCGACGGAGAC